AUUCACAACACCAUAUUGAUGGAUUGCUUCAACAAAUUUAUGGAUUAAGAAGGUUUUACUAGUUUAUAUGACGGGAUUUGUCUGGCAAAAUGAGGAUAUAAUUGAUCUUAUGUUAUUAAAUUUGAUAUGAUUUUUUUAUAUCAAUUUGUAUCCACCAACAAACGACCCAAUAAUUCCCAAACUUCCUCGUCUCUCUCUCUUUCUCUAUAUAUGUCCUCUUCCCUCUUCCCAUGUCUUCUACAUACUUCUUCCCACUUUUCAUCAGUAUUCCUUCUGAAAAUCAUCAGAAGAAUAUAAAGUAGUUAUAUGAUCAGGAGAGAUCAAAACUGAUCUAUCAUGAGUUGUAAUGGAUGUCGCGUUCUUCGAAAAGGUUGCAAUGAUAAUUGCAUUCUUAGACAUAGUCUCCAUGGGAUCUGCACCCCUCAAGCUCAAGCCAACGCCACCGUCUUCGUCGCUAAGUUCUUCGGCCGCGCCGGUCUCAUGUCCUUCCUCUCCUCCGUCGCCGAGUCUCAACGACCUGCUUUAUUUCAGUCUUUAUUGUUCGAAGCCUGUGGUCGGACGGUGAAUCCGGUGAACGGGGCUGUCGGACUGCUAUGGACCGGAAACUGGCACGUGUGCCAGUCAGCGGUGGAAACAGUGCUGAGAGGCGGAAGCAUACGAGCUAUGCCGGAGCUAUUUUCCGUCGGAUCUACGCCUGUGAUGACGGAAAACGACGAUGCAUCAGAAGCUAUCAACUGCAACUUCGAUGUGUCGAGAGUGAGGCCAGAAGAUCUCAACCUUGGAGUUGGCGGUUUAGAUGAUGACAUGAGAUUAAGAAACUCCGGCAGCGGGAGAAAUACUCAUCGGUGGAUGACUGAGAAGCGGAGAGCAGUGUCGCCGUCGGAUGCAUCUGAAACGACGACGUUAGAGAGUGGCUUGGGUUCGGAUUGCAGCGAAACAAAACUUCUGAGACUCUUCUUAUGAAAGAGACAACUAACCGCUCAUCAGUCCUACAGGCUAAUAUUCCCUCUGAUAAAUUAAAUUUUAUCUUUUUUUUUGUUUGUUUUUGAUCGGCAAAAGAAAUGAGAACCAAAUAUGAGAUGUUUCAGCAAAAUAUUAACAUAAAAUGAAUUAAGAUGUCAUGUAGUAUUUUAGUUAAAUCUUUUUUUUUUUUUUUUUUAAUAAGUUGAUGGGAUAAAAUGUA